CAGGUCGUAAACGUGAGUUGGUUUGGUGCUCGCUCCAGCUGCCUCAGGAAUAACAACAGCAGUCUCUUAUCUUUAUAAACGUUUUAUAUUUGUUUUAUUUUUGUUAGAAGGUGACGAUGUCGUGGCUUAAAUCGGUUAAAUCACACAGUAGUGAGGACGUGUUUGACGAGAAUGCGGACGAGCUCACAGUGCAGCGUAGAGAGUGGACCACCAACAUGAAGAGGAGGCUGAAGGAUGGUUAUGUAGAUGGAGCUGAUGCUGGUGAAGAGCUUGCACUUCAACUUGGUUUCAACCAGGGUUACAAGGAAGGAGCUGCUCAGACUGUUUCUGUGGGCCGUCUCAAAGGCAUCGUGAGUGCUAUAUGGUGCUGGUGCCAGAUCCAGCAUCCAGAAAACCCUGUCCCAGCCUCUGUGACUGACCUCCUGCAGCAGGUUUCACAGCAUGAAGAUAAAAUCACAGAAGGCAUCAGGAAGGCUAUGGAGAAUCCUCCUCCCAGUGUGAGUGACGUCUCAGAAAUCAUGGAGGAUCUGGAAGUGAAGCAGGUAGAUCGUGGCUGUAGUGGGGAGAGCUGUGAAGAGACGGACUGCUGUAAGAGAGGAGAAAAUAUGGAACUGGAUGAUUGUUGCCAGCCACAAAAACUCUGUUCAGGGACGACUGACCACUCUUUCUGCUCAGAUGAAGGUCUACACCUCCUCGUGCAGCGUUGCGUGGAUGUAGUAGCAGAGCUGGAACUGCCACAGGAGCUUAUCAGUCAUAUACAGGAGCUUGAGAAGUUAUAAUGACUGAUGUCAGGGACCAAAAUCACACUAAGAAAGGAUUAUACUUGAACAGACACAUGAAGAGUGAAUCAAAACAGUGUUGACUUUUUAAAGGGUUCAGUGUGUAAGAAUAAUUGACCGCAAUGGUCUCAAAAAAAGGACUCCUCCCGUUCCUAAGCACGUCAUGGAACUAUGGUCACCUUAGCAUACCACAAAGGAUGUCUUUCUUCGUCACAUGUGGAGUAAGCCUACAAAAACUAUGGGCCUGUUGACAUCAUAAGGCUACAAAAACUAUUUUGAUUUAAAGCCAUUAUACAAAUGUACUUAUGGGUGGUGUAUUCAAUUUUUACCACUAUACACUUCUAAUGCGCUUAUCCAUUUAGUUCUAGCACAACUCGGCUCGACUUGUUAACUGAUCUACAGUUCGACGUUGUUCAGUUUGAUUCUUGUGUCGGAUGUCAUGCUCAUGACUCUUCCAGUGACGACACUGUCUGACCAAUCAGUGGCUGGCAGUCUGUUGACGUCCCAUUUUUAUGAUCGGCUCAGCUUGCUCGGAACCUUGGUACUAAAAAAAGCAACGGUACCAGGUACCAUCCCUAAUGGUAAUGCAAAAAAACCGGAGCCUAGCCGUGCUAGAACUGCAUAAUGGAAAAGCGCAUAAAUAUUACACUCUGGACCUUUACACACUGUACUUAUGUACAAAAUGAUUUAUAUUGUGUAUAUAUAUAUUCUAUUAUGUAAAAUAGUAAAAUAUGAUUUUUCAUUUUGGUAUUUUUCAGAAAGAAAAUAAAAAUGGAUUU